AAAUAGACGAAUGCGAAGGAGGGUUAUUUAACUCAGCGACUUCCCUCGGCCCUGUGUUUUGGGUUUGUGUUCCUGAGGAUUUGGAUCUGGGAUACGCCCAUCUCGAUAUUUACUGUUGAUUGUGGCAUGCCAAGCAGAGCAGGGAGAAAUAGAUAGAUAGCGAUGGUUCACUACACCACCUCCGUCGCAGUACUUCUCGUCGGGGCUCUACCCCUGGCAACCCUCGCGCGGGAAUGCCGCACAAACGGGACGAGCCCCGAGGGCUACUUCCCACGCAUGGACCUCACCUCGCCCUCGCAACUAGCCCAAUUCUCCGAAUGCGACACGCUCACCGGGUACAUCCACGUUUCCCCAGACUUCAAGGGGACGCUCGAGCUCCCCGCCAGCGUGACAAACUUCAGCGGGUACAUCACGCGAAAUUAUGGGCAGCCGACGGACGGGCUCGAUGGCGUCAUCCUGCCCAACGUGCGGUCCAUGGAAAGUAUUGAGCUUUAUGGAGCGUACGGGGUGAAGAGUGUUUCUGCGCCGAGAUUGGAGACGCUUGGGAGGUUGCUUGUUGAGCAGGCGGUUGAGGAGGGGGCGUCGUUGGAUUUUGGGGCGUUGAGGGAGGUCGAGACGAUUGCUUUGGCGGGGUAUUGGAGCAGCAUCUCCUUCCCCUCCCUCCAGGAAAUUACCUUUAGCAUGUCAGUGCAUACCGACCCCUCCCGCGAAGCAACCGACGUCCUCGUCCCCGUCGACAUCGACCUCCCUGUUCUAAAAGAAGCGGGUCAGCUGUCUCUGUACGGACAGAUCAAGAGUUUGUCCACGCCUCUUGUUGAAGUCCUGGGCCGUGGCAAUCAGCACUAUUACACUCUGACGUUGCGAGCGAAUUAUACCGCGAUGGAAGGGGUCUUUUUGCCGGCGCUGCAAGAGCUGUAUGGGGAGUUUAGGGUCAAUGGGAGUGUAUCCGCUGUUGACCUUGGCGGUAUGAAAAACGCUUCGGCCCCGAUUAAGAUCGACGUCGAGACACCGAUCGAGAUCUACUCUGGUCUCGAGAACGCAGGCAGGAUUUUCGUGCGCGGGCCACUUGCUGUCAUAAACUUCACAAAUCUCACCACGGCAGCGGACCUAAACAUAACAACCACCUCCUCAACCCCGCUCUCCUGCCCUCGCGCUCUAGUAGACAUCUACCGCUACUUCUCCGACCCAGACGAGCCGGCCUUCUGCAACGCCGAGUCCCUCUCCGCCGCCGGCGAAAACCCUUACCUCAAUCCAGAUUACAUGCCCAGCUACCCGGUCACCGGAUACGCAACCGUAACCUCCGAUUCAGCGUCAACUUCGACGUGGGGAUAUGGAUCUGGGUCUACACCUACGCCGUGGUGGAGUCCCACGCCGACGCCCAUCUACAGCCCGACACCGACGCCCGGGGGAGGGGGUGGGAAAUUGAGUAGCGGCGCUGAGGCGGCGAUCGCGACUGUGGCUGUUGUUGUUGGGUUGGUGGGGAUUGGGGGGUGGGUUUUGGCGAGGCGGAGGAAUAGGCGGGCGAAGUCGGGUGGAACAGGAGCUGAUAGUAAUGCACCUGGUGCAGGAGGUUCUGAACUGGGGGCAGUCGCGGCUGCUGGGGCUGGUUAUACUGCUACGACCAGUCGGCGCGGUGACGCUGGUGAGGAAGAGGAAAGGCUCCCACGACACUCUGCGGAUGUGGCGCCGCCGCCGUAUUCGCGCGAGGAGCCGAGGAAGGCGUGAUAAUACAUACCGCACAUACGCUGGUCAAGGAGGGAAGGGAGGUACAGUACGUUGUACAUGAUACUGGUAACUUGAAUGAUUGUCACAUUUGAUGAUAGAUAAGCAGGAAUAGAUGCCGCUUUUCAUGAAGGUUAUCAAUUUCCAUUACUAUAUUUGCGUGCAGCUUUCCCCAUACUGCUCUGUUGACCAGAUAUACUCCAGUCUAACGUGAAUCUACGGUUGUGC